UCGGAACCGUUUUUAUUCUCCUGGAAAUUCCCAUCAAAUUUUUCGAAAAUGAUCAAAGAAUCAUUUGCCUAUAAGCAAUGCCAGUGCGCCUCUCAAGCGCACGAAGUCUGAAUAACAAGUGGAUCGACUGUCCGCCGCUCCAUCGUCCUCAGCAAACCCAGCACCCCCAGCAACCUCGGCAUGCCCUGCGGCCGAUCCGCAGGCCACCUAGUCCGCCCCAGCUCCAGCUCCAGAUCCAGCCCGAAACCCAUCCAGUCCUCCUCCUAGCGCUCAUCCUGCUGAUCCUCGCACCCGCCCCGGCUCUAUGCAAGGAACAGAACUGCACCUUCCUCGACAACUACAUCCUGAAGUUCGUCUGCCACGGCAGCUACGUUGAGGAGAUGCGGCUGGAGCACAAGGACCGCAUCCCGGCCAUCGGGACGCCGUACGCCAUCUGGAAGCGGUCCGAUUUAAACGAACCGUCCUACCUGCUCAUUUCCUUCUACGACUCGCAGCUCUUCAACUGCUACACGGUGGUGAUGAACAAGGGCAAGUUCUACUGCGAUGGACGCAACUACAUCGAGCCGAACACGGACGCCGUCCAGCUGCACUGCAUCAACUUUCCGUUCCACUACACCACACACCUGUACGAUGCGUGUGCCAAGAAGCCGAGCUCGGUGGGAUCGCCGCCCAUUUCGGUGGCCAUCGCCUACAUGAAGGACAAUAUCAGGAGGACGGAUGAGGCAGGACCUCGCCUGAAAUGCGCCGCGGCUGUCCCCUUUCUUGUGACCAUAAUCCCCUUUCUGCUAUCGCGAUAUUUUGGUAUUUUACUAUGUCAAUAAAAUGGUUCCGAAUA